ACAGGUGUAACAUACAGGGCUGUAUUCUGUGCAGAAUUACACAGCACAGGUGUAUAAAUUAAUUUAUUCUGCUGUCGCAGCAACAACACAGGUGUAUAAAUUAAUUUUCAGUGUACACAGGUGUAACACACACAGGGCUGUAUUCCCUGCAGAGUUACACAACACAGGUGUAUAAAUUCAUUUUCAGUGUACACAGGUGUAACACACACAGCUUUAUAUUCCCUGCAGUUACACAACACAGGUGUAUAAAUUAAUUUAUUCUGCCGUCGCAGCGAUGUGUCUCAGUGUGGAUGGAGCAGCGCCGGCACCAGACUCACAGAAUCACGAGGCUGGAAGAGACCUCUAAGGCCAUCGAGUCCACCCUGUGCCCCCACACCUCAACCGGACCACAGCACCCCGUGCCACAUCCAGUCCUUUUUUAAACACACCCCGAGAUGCUGAUUCCACGCCUCCCUGGGAAGAGCAUUCCAGUGCUGUAUUAUUCUUUCGGUGAAUUUUUUUUUCCCUAACAUCCAGCCUAUGCUUUCCCUGCCGCAGCUGAGGCCGUGUCCUCUGGCUCUGUCGGUGCUGGAACACACCGAGCCCCGGCUCCCCCGGGAGCUGCGGGGUCCCCGCCGAGCGCCCCCGGCUCCCGGGGACCCCCGGGCAGGGUUUGUGCUCCAGCCCCGCACCGGCCACACCGAAACGCCCCGGGGCGGCUGAGUCCCGCACCAGCACCGCCGGGACACCGGGAAUGACACCACCGGGAGCGACACCGGGACACGGCAGGACACCGGGAACGGGACACCGGGAGCGACAAAGGGACACGGCAGGACACCGGGAACGGGACAUAGGGACACGGCGGGACACCGGGAACAGGACACAGGGAACGACACAGGGACACAGCAGGACACGGGGAGCGACAACACGGGGAGCGACAACACCGGGAGCGACAACACCGGGAGCGACAUAGGGACACGGCGGGACACCGGGAACGCGACACCGGGAACGGGACACCGGGAGCGACAACACCGGGAGCGACAUAGAGACAUGGCGGGACACCGGGAACGGGACACCGGGAGCGACAACACCGGGAGCGACAUAGAGACACGGCGGGACACGGGGAACGACACAGGGACACGGUGGGAUACCGGGAACGGGACACCGGGACACCAGGAAUGACAACACCGGGAGCGACACCGGGCAGGGGGCGUGUCCCGUGGGCGUGUCCUGUCAGUUGUCCCCGCCCUCGCGGUGCGGGCGCUCUCGCGCGCUCUCGCGACACCCGUUCGAACGGGCGGCGGGCGGGCUCCCUCAGAGGGCCCGGCCCGCCCGGCCCCGCCAUGCCGCUGCGGCCGCGGCUGCUCCGCACCUACUCGCGGCGCGCCGGCUACCUGCGCAUGCUGCCGCCGCCCGACCGAUGGAUCUCGCCGCCGCAGGACCGCAGGCGCCUCUUCAGCUCGACCUCCGCCGCCUCCAGCACCGCCUCCAGCGCGCUCUCCGCUUCCAGCGCCUGCUCCACCCCCUCGGACGACCCCGACUUCUCGCCGCCCGGCAAGCGCCUCCCGCAGGCCCUGGGUAAGCGCCCCGGCUGGGCCGCGCGGCUGCGGACCCGCAGGAAGGAGAACCGGGGCCCGGCCGGGAAGGAGAACCAGAAACCGGCCGGGAAGGAGAACCGGAAACCGGAGACCCGGGGGAGAGGGCAGGAGACCCGGGGCCGGGCAAAGGAGAAGCGGGAGGCGGCGGGGAAGACCACCGCCGACAGCGGCUCGGCGCCCGGGGACAGCCCCCCGCCCCGCCGCCGCCGCCGCCGCCGCUCGCCCGUGAGCCUCAGCUCGCUCCUGCUCAGCACCACCAUCGAGGGCGGCUCGGCGCUGGGCGACUCCUGCUCGCAGCACCGGCUGCCCCACGGCUCGCCCGAGGGCUGCUCCGGGCAGCGGCCGUCGCUGCUGGGUGCUGGUGAGGAGGUGCCUGAGUGGUUCCGGGCACAAGGCUUGGCUCGGAGCUGUGAGCCCCAGCCCGGGCUGCGGGGGUCCCGCCGUGUUCUGAGGUCGGCGGUGCGGGGACCCUGCCCGGCACAAGCUGCCCCGUCCCCAGUGAAAGCCCCAAGCAGUCCCCAGGGAGCGCUGCCGCCACUGGAGGGUGAGCCACAGCCCCCUGUGCCCUGUGACAGCGGCACUCGUGAGGUUCCCUCUCAUCUCACGAGAGAUUUGGCCAAAAGAGGCUCCAGCUGUCAGAGAGACUUAGUCAAGGAGUACCAGCUUGUGCCAGUGGUGGUCCUGGACCCUCUGGAAGUGCCAAUGAGAUUGAAGAGCAUGAAACUCAACAAAAAGGCCGAUGUUCAACCUGCCUGCUUGCAGCCAGGAUCUCCCGUGGGCCACCAAGGAAUCUUGGAGAAAAAGCACAAAAGGACCAAGGGUGUCCCUGGGGAGGGCAGCACCUGCAGGAAAGCUUGUAUCAGUGGCUUCAGUGCCAGCCGCUGGGGCAGGCACACCCAGCUCAGGCCAAGAAGGCGCAAGAACAAAAGGCAGCAGCAGCCCAAUAACUCCCUUUUCAGACUCCAGACAAGGCAAAAACGAGCUCGGAAGGGAGCUCUGGAGAUGUCUGUAGGUGUCAGAAACAAUGACUCUUCACUCCUCAAUAACUCUUAUUCCUGGGCUAGAGUUCGAGCCUCUCUGUCCUUCCAUAAAAAGAAGAAAGUGACCACAGAUGAGAGUUUCUGCAGCAGCAUCCUCUGCACCCCUUCAGGGAAAUCCCAGCUUUCGGGGUACCAAGCCAGCCUGUCUGCUGGGAAAGCUCAGGGCUGCUCCUGGUUUGCUUCCUCCAUGGUCCUGCUGGCUCCCAGGGAUUCCUCCUCUGUCCUGGAGCUGCUCCUUACAGAUGCUGAGAAAGUGUUUGGAGAAUGCAACCAGGAGGGGCCUAUUGCUUUUGAGGAAUGCAUUCCUUUAAAUAAGAUGAAAGACUGCAAGAAAAUUGGAGAAGGGGUGUUUGGAGAGGUGUUCCAGAUUGACAGCGAGAGAGGACCUGUGGCCUUAAAAAUAAUUCCCAUUGAGGGGACUGAAAAAGUAAAUGGUGAAGCUCAGAAGAGCUUUGGGGAGAUUCUGCCUGAGGUAAUAAUCUCAAAAGAGCUCAGUCUUCUGUCUGAGGGCUCUGUGAACAGAACUGUGGGGUUCAUCAGCCUCUACUCUGUGCACUGUGUCCAGGGGGCCUAUCCCAGGUAUCUCCUGGAAGCCUGGGACAAAUUCCACAAAGAAACAGGCUCAGAAAACGACCGGCCAGACUUUUUUGGGGCUCAGCAGCUCUUCAUGGUGCUGGAGUUUGAGUUUGGAGGCCAGGACCUGGAGCGCAUGAGGAGCAGCUUCUCCUCGGUGACAUCAGCCAGGAGCAUUCUGCACCAGGUGACCGCGUCCCUGGCCGUGGCAGAGCAGGAGCUGCACUUCGAGCACAGGGACCUGCACUGGGGGAACGUGCUGGUCAAAAGCACAGAGCUGAGAGAGCUGCACUACGUGCUGAAUGGAGAAACACACUCCAUCCCCACGGCUGGCAUCCACGUCAACAUCAUCGACUACACCCUGUCCCGCCUGGAGAAGGACGGGCUCACCGUCUUCUGCGACCUCUCCACGGACCUGGAGCUCUUCCAAGGCACUGGGGACCACCAGUUUGACAUCUACAGGCAGAUGAAAGAGGAGAACUCCAACAGCUGGACUGACUACCACCCACACAGCAACGUCCUCUGGCUGCACUACCUGGCUGAUAAACUUUUGAAAGCCAUGAGCUACAAGAAGAAGGCAUCAACUCCUGCCCUGAAGAAAAUCAAGACGCAGCUCAGCAAGUUCCACAAGGAAGUGCUGACCUUUGGGUCUGCCCAUGAUGUUCUGCACCACAGCAGCCUCUUCCAGUGAGCAGGAGUCCAAAGACUGAGCCACUGGUGCUGCCUUUCUCCUCUGCUUUUUGUAUGUGUUGGCACAAUGAAGUGUUUUGAUUGGCUCCCAAUAUUUUUUAAUGUCCUAAAAAAUCCCCUCCAAUGUCUUCUGCUCUAAGAUGUUUCCAUACCUGCUGGUUUUGAGGGGUGCUGGAGAGGAGACAACAGAUCUGACUUUGGAGAAGGGAGGGGAAAAGAGACUUCUUCAGGCUCAGUUAAUGCUCUGAAUUUUACAUAAAUUUUCUUACCAUUUUAGCCUUAGAUUAUUAAAAGUUCUUUUCUUACUGUAUUGUUUUUUUUACAGAUUCUUUUCUUAAAGGUAAAAACUCUUCAGUUCUGGACAGUGAGGACAAGGGUGGAAUCUUGUUGGCUCACUGGAGACAGAAGGGAAAAUCCAUCCUUUGAUUUCAUUUUGGCAAAAUUUAUACCUGGAAUAAAAGUAUAAAAUGUAAAUAUGUGAAGUUUCUGUAAAGGGUUUUAAACCCACUAAUCUGCACUAAUCUUUUUUUUUUUUCCCCCUUUCUUAAGGACCAAGGAAGAGGUACCUGAUUGUGGAAAAAAAGAAGACAAAGUACCUGUGUUCCUGAUUUUUAAUGGUUAUAUAUAGCUGGUUGCUAUCAGUUAUAACUGAUAGCAACUCAAAUCUGUAACCUAGUGGUAGCACUGAAGCAAUUCCAUCCUUUAUCUACAGAAGAAAAUGCCCAAGGUAAUAAAUGUUCUUUAGCCCUGACUGCAGGUGGAUCAGGUUGUUGCCAUCUUGUUGCAGGGGUUUCGUACCUUCUUGGUGACUGCUCAUGGACAGCUCUUCACAGCACUGACUCCUUCUUCUUCUCAGCACAGCCAGCAAACUCCAUCCAACCUUCUGGACCAGCCAACUUACUCUUUUACUAUACCUAUUCUAAUUGGAUCCAGUUGUGGCUUAUUAAGGGCAGCUCUGUUCCUAAUUCUUGAUAAUUAGUGCAGCUGUAACUCCUUACCUUCACCACUAUCUUUAUUCUCUUACAUUCUGUCUAUCCACACCAGGUGCCCUAAACUGGAGGCUCCUACAUUAAAUCCCAAUUCCCUGUUUUCAGGAAGUCUUUUGCUAACAUUCUUGUUUAUUAAAGAAACUGGGCCAAAGAGAACAAUAAAUCAAACUGAAGUGAAAGGUGAAUUAAAUUCUGAUCCAAUGACACAGAUGCAUUAAGAAAUUGAGAGGCAGCAUCAUCAAAUUCAUUAUAACUGCAAUGUUCUCCAUGCAGUCCAGUGAAUAAAUGUUAAAUAUUGCAUCUCCAAGAUUCAUCUUGGACCCUCUCUUGGAGUCUCCUUUUUACAAACCCAGCGAGGAGACCCUGGGGUGGUUUUAUUGUUCUGCCUUCCAGACACUGCAGAAAGUGACCUGACAAUCUGCAGUGCUGCAAAUUAUUAAGAUGGAAAUUGUGCUGGAAUGUUCCCAGGCAUCCUCUCAACCUUUUUUUUUCCCCCUCUAAUUGAAUAAAGUCAUGCUAUGUAAUUGAAUGGUCUUAAAACCCACUUGGUAAGGCCUGCAGUGAAUGCUUAUCUGACAUCAAGGAGUGUUCCUCAGUCACAAUGGUGCUAAUUUCAUUUAUGCUUUAAAAGAGAAAAAAAAAGAUGGAUGAAACCACGUUAUUUUUGCCUGCCUUGGUGUUUUGUUUCUGAUUUGAGAACUGAUUUUGGCUGUACAGGAGGGGUGGGGCAUUGGCAGGAAUUAAUGCCAGGAGAGGGGACAGCCCCCAGGGGGACCUGGUGCAGUAAUUUGGAGAUUCUGAAAGCUGAAACCUCAGAAUGUUUCCCUGCAAACCAAUUUGCUGAUUUGUGAACAUGUAGUAAUUUUCAUUAGUCAAAAUGUAAAGCUUCUACCUCCCCCCAAAACUGGACAUGAAAUUGAUAUAAAAACCUUUGCUUUAAACUGUGCUUGCAAGGAAGUGCAGCUGCCAGAGCUGAGUCCUCAUUUCCUUUUUUAAAGAUGCUCUUUGAUUAAAAAAAACACAGAAAAAAAUAUCAUGUACUAAUCAGCCCUCAUAAAUUUUAAUGGGAGGAUGGUGACAAAAAAGGAAUUGGAAUAGUAAAUUUCCCCUAAUCAAGUUAAAUGCCCUGAACAUGUUUUCAUCUGAGUGAAAGCUUUACUUGGAACAGAGCUGGAUUAUAUAUUUCAGAGAUCUGCUCUCCCUGCUGAGGAAAGAGGAUUCCAGAACCCAGUUUGCCCCUUCAGAAAACACAAGUUUUUUAAUAAUCACCACACUGAAAUCAGAGCCUUAAAGGGUGCUCCGUCUUUUACUGAAAUAAGGAAGUUUGAGCAAAGCUAAAAUUAUCCUGAGAGAGGGAAAGAUUUUUCACGUGGAUCCAAAGGCUUUAGGAGAGUGAAAAGAAGAAGCCUGCUUUUGUGUAACUGGUAAAUCAGAUGGAUUCCAGGCAGGAAUUCUGGUGUUUCCAGGUCAAAGUGGAUUUUGUGCUGAAGCCAGCAACCCUCAUGUGCCAAAUCUCUGAAAAAUUUGCCUAUUUUGAUGGAGAAGACAGAUAAAAUAUGGAUUGCCCCGUGAAUAUUCUGUAACUCACCAGGGUGCUGUUAAAACAUGUAUUUUUUGAUCAUUCUUUUCUGGAAAAAUCAGACAUGAAGUGCAGGAAUAUGAAAAUGAUCUCUUGCCUUGUGAAGCUGAAUGAGAAGGAAGAACAGCUCUGGCCUCAGUGUAGAGAGGAUGCUCAGAGUAUCAUUCAGAGGCAGGAAAAAAGGGAAAAUUGUAAUUUCUGCCCAAUUCUACAGUUCCAGACUGCAGCAGUUAAUGGUGCUGCUGGUGCCCAGCAGGAGAGGAGGCUGCCAAGGGAGAAGGAAUUCUCCUCAGAGCUGAAUAAAAACACUGGGAAAUUCAACUCGGCCUGGGACUGCUCCCAUAAAACAAAUUAGGUACAAAUAGCCCAAUAAAAGCUUGGGAGUCUUGAAUCAGAUAAAUCCAGUAUUUAGGCUCUCCUCCUAACAAGUGAAAUGCUCCUUCCCCUCCCUGGAGCUCGUGGCAAGGUUUGUUUGGGUAGUAAAUCACUUGGUGGCUGAGCUGGGUUUCCUCUCAGCACUUUGCUGAGAGCUCUGGGGCUGUUCUCCAAGCUCACCUCGACUGGCACCUUCCUAAAAUUCAGAUUUUUGGGGUGGUCUGGGAGCAGAGUUGUCACACAGAGUCAUCUCCGCUGUCAGUGGCACUUUCGUGGUCACUUCAGUGUGGCCCCCACUGAUCCUUCCUUGGUGCAGACCGAAAAUGGGGUUGUAUUUAAUGAGAGCAUGGAGCAUCCUGCUUCUUGGAAUUUGGGGGAAUUGCUCCCUCCAAAUUCUUUCACACACAGGACAAUGCAGCAGCCCAAUUAAUUAUGCAAUAUUCUUUAGGGUGUGUAGGAAAAUGGUUCCUUUUGAGUCUCAAAGGAGACCCCUCCAUGCUUUAUGUAACAUUUAUCAUUCAGGGGUGACUUUAGGCACUGUGGCACUUGUUCAGCUCCUCAGCCAGUCUGCAGGGUGGAUUUUCACCAUGAUGCCUUCUGUCAAACUGAGCAGCUCUUUGCUGCAGUGCUCUGCUGUUCAUCUGUUCCUCAUGAAAUGCCAGAACUGGGAUUUUUAGGAUGUUUAUUGUUGUUUAAACCUCGGUCUGUGCUCUGGGAUCUCCUGGGACAGCCCCAGCGAUGAAGCACUCUAUGAAUGGGAGGUUGUUGAAGGAUGAAUUGCAGGGAAAGUCAAAAAACACCACUGAGGGAUUGAAGAAAACGCCUUUUGCACAAAGAGGAUGUUUUAUAUAAACUCUAAAUGCAAAAUCUGGAGAGUACAACUCCUCUGAGUCUCUGAAUGUGAUUGUCAAGGCAGAUGAGCAGUGCAGAUGGGCUUGUGGCUGCAGCCCCUGUGAGGGCACUGAGAGCAAACACAGAUUAAACCAUCCUCAUUUUCCUAAGGUAGCAGGUUCAGAAUGUCUUUACAUGCACACAAACAAAAUUCCCAACACCUCAAUGGAGAAUUGAAACUAAAAGACACUCUAGUGAUGAGUUCAGCUCCCAGGAAAGGGUUUAUAAGCAACAACAACAAAAAAAAAUCUUCAUUGUGGACGAGGUCUUGGUAAAGAAACUCCAGUUCUUUACCCCUGGAUUGCCACAGGACAGUAUUAUUCUUUUUUUCUCCAGUGAUAAGAAGUUUUUCUUGAUUAAAUAUUCAAGCUGAGGAGCACAGCUUUGCAGAGAUAAGGUUUAUUCCUUUUUCUACUCAGCAGUAAAUAUCUCCUGCCUGUGGCUGAUGUUCCUGGAGAAGUUCAACGAUAAUUAACAAUUAGAUGUUGUGUGCAGAGGUACUCAGCAAUGCUGACCGACACUCCAGAAUCUCAUGAAUUAUUCUUAGGAAAUAAAUGUACAACAACAUCAGAAUCCCUGAGGCACUGCAGCCACAGUCAUUAGUGCUCAUUACUGCUCGGGGCUGAAUGCUGCCCCCCCUUCUGUGUCCUCUGCUUUAUGAACACCUAAUUAAAUAUUUAAUUGUGGUAAGGACUCCUAAUUGCUACUAAAGCAGCAACACAUCUCAACUUGACCAGAAUUCCCAGUUUUUACCUUGCCAAGGCACUGUAAUACUCAGAUUAUUGUAUCAAAACACAAUUUUGCUGUUUUGGAAAAUGAGGAUUCUCUCAGGGUUGAAUCUCAUGCUGGCGAGACAGGGGACAGCUGGUCUUGAGUUGGUGAAGAGCAGAUCAGGAACAGAAUCAAAUAUAAAUUUGGGGCUGAAAUAUUACAGGAAAAAUGUUUUAAGGAAGCCUGGCAGCAAGAACAAGAACUGCUCAGUGUUUCCAUGCUGUGUCACCUGGAGCAGGCUGGCCUAUUUACAGAAGUUUCUGCUGGGAAUGUUCAGAACACACAAAAUCCCAAGAGCCUGAAGGAGCAGACAGCCAAAAUACACCAAUAUGGGCAGAGCUUCAG